AUGUUGCCGUCAUUAGCAAAAGAAGUUAUAAGCUGCAGGAUCUGGCACGAGCGCUUCGCCGGCUCGCCAGCGUGCGUUAUUUACGAGAGGGAGGCAGCGCCCGAGCCUGAGAUAGCGCCUUCCCCGGAAGAGUCCCGCGAUACCCGGCUCUUCCCAACACCAGCCCACUACAAGCCCCUACAGCCUACAACACACACCAACUCACUCAUACAGAUUGCUGCCCUGCACUCACUGACUAAAUGA